GGGGCGGGCGCGGCGCGGCUCGCCGCCCCUUAAAGGGCCGCGCCCGGCGGAGGGGCCCGCAGUGAGGGCUGGGGUGCGGAAGCGGCGCUGAGGCGGGAGGUGACGGUUGUCCCCAGCGCCCGCCGCCGCCGCCGCCAUGUCCCGGGAGCCCGAGAUCAUGGAGUCGCAGGUGAUGUGGGAGCCCGACACGAAGCGCAACACCCACAUGGACCGGUUCCGCGCCGCCGUGGCCAGCAGCUGCGGGCUCCGCCUGGCCACCUACAAUGACUUAUACCAGUGGUCGGUGGAAUCCUUCUCAGACUUUUGGGCAGAAUUCUGGAAGUUCAGUGACAUUGUAUGCUCUCACCUGUAUGAUGAGGUGGUUGAUACAUCUAAAAGUAUUGCAGAUGUCCCAGAAUGGUUUAAAGGCAGCCGACUGAACUAUGCAGAAAAUCUCCUAAAGCACAAGGAGAAUGACAAGAUUGCACUUUAUGCAGCGAAGGAAGGCAAAGAAGAAAUUGUGAAGGUUACUUUUGAAGAACUGAGACAAGCUGUAGCUCUGUAUGCUGCAGCCAUGAGGAAGAUGGGAGUUAAAGUAGGAGACAGAGUUGUGGGUUACUUACCAAACAGCAUUCAUGCUGUGGAAGCAAUGCUGGCUGCUGCAAGUAUUGGUGCUAUUUGGAGUUCAACAUCACCAGAUUUUGGCAUUAAUGGUGUACUGGACAGGUUUUCCCAAAUUCAGCCUAAGCUCAUCUUCUCUGUUGAAGCUGUUGUAUACAAUGGCAAAGAACAUAACCACUUGGAAAAGCUGCUUAGUGUGGUAAAAGGGCUUCCAGAUUUAAAAAAAGUGGUGGUGAUUCCAUAUGUCUCCUCAAGAGAAACCAUAGAUAUUUCUAGGAUUCCAAACAGUGUCUUUUUAGAAGAUUUCCUUGCUACUGGGAAAGGAGAACAGGCCCCCCAGCUGGAGUUUGAACAGCUGCCUUUUAGUCAUCCUCUCUUUAUCAUGUAUUCAUCAGGCACAACAGGGGCACCAAAAUGCAUGGUCCAUUCAGCAGGGGGUACGCUAAUACAGCAUCUGAAGGAACACAUUCUUCAUGGCAACAUGACCAGCAGUGACAUUAUUAUGUACUAUACAACGACUGGCUGGAUGAUGUGGAAUUGGUUAGUGACUGCACUUGCUACAGGAGCUUCAGUGGUUUUGUAUGAUGGAUCUCCUCUAGUUCCAUCACCCAAUGUGCUCUGGGACUUGAUUGACAGACUAGGGAUCACCAUCCUUGGAACAGGUGCAAAGUGGCUGGCUGUACUAGAAGAGAAAAAUUUAAAACCAUGUGAAACGCACAAUCUCCAAACACUCCACACUAUACUGUCUACGGGAUCACCACUCAAAUCUCAAAGCUAUGAGUAUGUCUACAAACACAUAAAAAGCAGUGUCCUACUGGGAUCCAUUUCAGGUGGAACAGAUAUAAUUUCAUGUUUUAUGGGUCAGAAUGUUACAAUUCCAGUUUACAAAGGAGAAAUUCAGGCCAGAAAUCUUGGAAUGGCUGUAGAAGCAUGGAAUGAUGAAGGCAAACCAGUUUGGGGUGAAAGUGGAGAGCUGGUUUGUACAAAGCCAAUUCCCUGUCAACCUACACACUUCUGGAAUGAUGAGAAUGGAAACAAAUACAGGAAAGCUUAUUUUUCAAAAUUCCCAGGUGUUUGGGCCCAUGGCGAUUACUGCAAAAUUAAUCCCAAGACAGGAGGAAUUGUCAUGCUUGGUCGCAGUGACGGUACAUUAAAUCCAAAUGGAGUAAGAUUCGGAAGUUCUGAAAUCUAUAACAUAGUUGAAGCCUUUGAGGAGGUUUCAGAUAGCCUCUGUGUCCCGCAGUACAACAAAGAUGGGGAGGAAAGGGUGAUACUCUUCCUGAAGAUGGCCUUAAACUAUGCCUUCAGUGAGGAUCUGGUGAAAAGAAUUCGAGAUGCAAUACGUAUAGCACUUUCUGCUAGACAUGUUCCAAGCCUCAUUCUAGAAACCAAAGGCAUUCCGUAUACGAUAAAUGGAAAAAAAGUGGAAGUAGCUGUGAAAGAAAUAAUUGCAGGGAAAGAAGUUGUGCAGCGGGGUGCUUUCUCAAACCCAGAGACUUUGGACCUGUACCAAAAUAUUCCUGAGCUUCAGAAUUUCUGAAGCCACUUCUUUUUUUCUUUUUUGCAUCUGUCUUUGUUCUGUGUUUGUUUUGUAUAUACCAAUACUGUAUGUAAAGAAAAAAAAACCCUCUAUUUAAUACCAAUGGUUCUUUUAAAAGAAAAAUAUUUCGUUAAGUGCAUUAUGAAAGGCUUGGGUAAAGCAUAGCUCCCUUCUAUUGGUUAAAUAUGCCAUAUGUCUUGGAGUUAUUCUUCCAGCCUGGAAGCAAGAACCUGCCUGUUCUGAUUUUUAUAUAUAUAUGAUGAAUGCAUCUUUUCUGGUUAGAUUUACGUCAGCAGCCCAUCAAACUGGAACACCAAUAGCAAAAGUUGCAGUUCAUAAUAGAAUAAUUCUCUUUCAUGAAACAUUCACUUUCCUUUUUUUAACUGGAUUUUUAGCCAAAUUUAGUUUUUUCAAUCCAUAUGUUUUAGAGCCAACUGCAGGGAAUAUAUGACAAUUUUAAAUAUUUGACCGUGAAACAUGCAAGUAUUCCAUACAUAAUGUGCAUUUAAAUGUUUUUAUUAAGCUGGAUCAUAACGUACUACACCCAUUUGACGUGACUCCAAAUGAUUUCAGUCUUCAAAUAUCUCAUGGUACCCUUGAAGACAGUUGCUGCUUCAUUUUAUGAUGAAUCCUUCCUAUUGUUUUAAGCUUUUAGCUCAUUGACUUCUAGGGAUUCCGAAAGUGAGGGAGCAGUCACCUCCUUAUUCCUGGUGUAGCUCCAGAUUAUUUACACUGAAUUUACUGGAGUUACUCUGGAUUAACAUCAUUGUAGCUGAGGACAGCAUUUCACAUCCCCGUUUCAAAGUUCUUUUUUGUCUUUAAGGUAACAGUGUUAUGUUAGCUGAACAGUUCCAGUGUGUUCAUUUAUUAAAACCUGAUGGGUUUUGUAACUUUUUUACUAAACGUCAUGUUGAAAGUGAAAGACUAAAAUGUUUUCUAGCUCUGCGUCCUUCCAGUUUAUAAAGGGAAAAAUACUGUUAGGAGUAUAUUAAAACAGUAAAAUGGAAGCACUAAAACAGUUUUGUUUUUCACGGAGAAAAUACAGUUGCAGUAGUUGUACCAAAUCCCUGGCACUCAUCUCCUGCACUGUGUGAAUGUCGUGGGUUAAGUAUUUAAUGCAUUAAAAUCUUGGGUGUCUUGGUAAUUGUGUUGAAUGCAUUCAGCACUGAUAAAGAGUUAAUUAAAAGAAAAUAAAUUGAUUCUUAAUAUAA